AGCAGGUUGUUUCUUAAUUCCUCGGGCUGCACAAGGGACAAGAUUACCACGUGACCUCGCAGGUACAACCUGUUGCUUUAAGUGAUCAAUCGAUAGAGUAACGCUGAUGUGAAAACUGCUCGAUUAAUUAUCAGAGGCGGGCGCCGAUUUCAAUUUGCAUGUAAUGUUUUGAAAAAGAGAGCUUGAGAAUGAAACAGCUUUUAGCAAUCGACUAAGAUGACAGUAAAUGAGCCUUGUGGGGCCCGAAAGAUUUUCUUCAUUCCUACAGUGACCGUAGAACAGACACCAGCAAGGGAUGAGGAUUCACACGAUAGCAAGCUUGUUACUUCUCCACAACAAGAAGGCGUUCUUUGUCACCGUGGUCAUUGUUGCAACAGUCAUCUAUCUUGGCAUUGUCAGGGAUUUCUUCAGUUUGGGACAGUACACAGCGGUAACGCCAAAAGAAGACAUGCUGGUACAAGGGAAGAAGCUCUUUUUGGAUCGUAUAAUGAGCCAGCCGCAUGAGGACGAGACCUUGUUCGGGGAAGUGACAGCCGGACGAAAGUCGUUAGUUGGUAUUUUUGAUGUGCCGCACAUCGAAACACGAACAGGAGAAGUAUUUCACGCCACGAAAAGGGACAAAAGUAGCAAGGGUCAGCUGUUACCAAGUGGUGAUGAUGUUGACGAUGAUGAUGAAAGCGGCGACAGCAAUGCUGAUGAUGACGACGAUGACGACGAUGACGACGAUGACGACGGUGACGACGAUGAUAGUGACCAUGACAAAAAACUGGAUAAACUGGAUCAUAAUGAGGAGACCGAUGAUGAGAAUGAUGAUGAUGAUGAUGAUGAUGAUGAUGAUGAUGAACGUCAUAGUGAUGAUGACCAUCAUGAAGAGGAUCUGCGCAAUGGAAAAGAAGGUGAUGAUAAUGAUGAUCAUCAGGAGGAUCGGAAAGACAAGGAAGUAGACACUUGGAAUAAUUUGUCCAUCAGAAGUCGCCCUAAAGAAUCCCUUCCAUCAUCAACAGAGAAAAUGACGGAGACCCCUGGUAAUUCUGGACACGAUUUGAUCAACUCUACAAAGCGUAUAUCACAAAAACAAAAGAAUGCAAGAUUUCCUUCAUCGAAGGUUGCAAUUUUAACGGGUUUGUCAUCAAAAGUUAUCCUCAAAGAAAGUCAGAAUCCUUUACUGCAAAAAGAGUUGAACACUUAUGAUAACGAUAAAGACAUACUUUUUCAAAAGUCAAAUAAUUUCUUGAAUUUGGGUGAUUCUGACAAAUUCAUCCAACCUCCAGUUAAUUUGUUGAUAUCUCAAGGCUCCAGGAGGAACGGAAACCGGAGAUCGUCUUCAUUUCAAUUAAACAAACCAAUUCCACCACCUGUGGGAUUUUCACCAGGUCCAAGCAUUUCGGUAACAAAAACAUCGCUUUUUCUUCAAGACAAAUCGGUUGUAACUGAAAAUUACAACAGAACAUCAGUUUGCCCGCUCCUACAAGUACGAAAGAAAAAACCUACAAAAUGGACUGAGAAUGUCCAUUGUAUUCCACGAAACCGCAAGCGUUCCUUUCAGAGUUGUUUAAGGGCUUUUAAGGACUAUGACCUAGAUGGCAAAUCUCUAAACUGCGGAAACAGUCCACCAGACGAGCCAAUUUGUUCAAUCGAGGUUAUUAGACAAUUUCCAGGCCUAAGGAUACCAGCUGUUAAAUGUAAUACGUCAUUGUGCGGAGCAAAUCCUGUAUACGUUCUAGAGUUCAGUCCUAUUUAUGGAAUACUUGAGGAGCGUCAUCUGUGGAAACGCUUCUUCACUUCUCGAGGGCUUGAAAAGUACCUCGAGAGAUACACAAACACAAAUUACGGGAUUAACUUUAAUUUUUGCUUUCUCCUUUGUGUCCGAAGAGAUAGGACAGGUUUCAUCGAAAAUUUGAUGACAUUUCCCGUUGCGGAUAAAAAGACUAGGAGUAGGGUAAGCGAUGAGGUGAAGUUCAAACUUAACAUUUUGAUGCUCGAUUCUGUGUCACGGCCGCAUUUUUACCGAUCACUUCCCAAAACAGUCUCGUCCUUGAGAGAAAUAGAUCAUUUAGAAUCGUACAACGCUACUGUAAUGGAUUUUGAGUUGCUGCAAAGCUUAGCUUCGUAUACUUUCCCCAAUAUCAGGGCUUUAAUGUCUGGUAGGGUGGACUUGAGUGCUUCUGGAAGGCAUGAAAAUGAGACAUAUGGUCUCGAAGUUCUAUUUGGAAAGUUCAAACAGCUUGGUUAUUACACAUUACUGCAAGAAGACAGCUGUUGGUAUGAUUCUUGGGGUUCGCUGUUUACGGAUAAUGUAUAUCAGGGUAACAUGCCACGAUACAAACACGAGUUUGCCAACCGUUGGAAAACGUUUCGUGAAAAGGUCAAGAAUUACGGUGUAGAUGAUUUUGGUUUAUCUCAUGCUUCCUGCGAAAUUUUCAAGCGCCAUAAAACAACCAACCAGUUUAACCACCCGAAGAAAGUGUGUUUUGAUGGAAAACCUUUCGCGGAAUACUUUCUUGAUUAUAACGAGAAAGUUUACAACAAUGAACAAAAGAUAGGAAAAAAGACAAGACUAUUUACAUACACACAUCUUAACACAGGACACGAAAUAACUGGAACUCGCAUACGACAAGUCGACGAAAGACUUUCACAAUACAUGAAAAAUAUGGCUAAGAUGGAAGACACGUUGACAAUUGUGCUUUCAGAUCACGGUCCAAAAACAACUAAAUAUUCAUUUCACACAAUGGAGGGCAGAUCCGAAAAAUACGAUCCACUUUUAUUUAUUGUAAUUCCAGACAAAGUGGCAGCAAUCCUAGGACAAAGAACACUUCACGCACUCGAGCAAAAUCAAAAUCGUAUCAUCAAUACUUUGGAUAUUCACAGUGGGCUUAUGUCAUUGGGAGAAGCAGCAACAUCUUCUACAAUAAAAGACAAAGGCAUAUUUGAUUUAAUUCCUGCCAAUCGCACAUGCGCAGAUUUACCGAUGAAACCUCUAGCGGUUUGCAAGUGCCAAGGUUGGGAAACAAUUUUUCCAGAUAACGAUAAACGAUUUAGCUGGCUUGCGGAAUUUGCCCUCGGAACUAUAAACAACCAAAUUCAAGAGCAGUUUCUGAGCGAAGGAAAUCAGGCCGGAGGUUAUGGCAAUUGCCAGCGUCUAGUAGGAGAAAGCUUUACCAAGAUUCGUCGUCGCUCCCAGGGAAAACAUUACGUCACAACGAUGGAUAUUAUGGUAACACCGGGACAAGAGAUUUUUGAAGUGCAAAUCGAAUAUCCUCGAGUGCUAAAGAAACAAACCUCCUUUCCAAAAGUGACAGUGCACGAGCGUGUCACUAUUUACAGACAUUUUCGAAAAUGCGUCGACAGCACAGUUAGUUUAGGAUUGUGUGUUUGUGACAAUAAAAAACUUCCAAAGCAACAAACAAAGCAAAGAUGGAUAAAUGUUAAGAACAGAGACGAUGUAUUAAAUAUAAUUUCUAGAUCCAACAGCUUUGGAUCACAAACCAGGAUAAAAGAUAUCCAUCAAAGUUGUCUUGUUCUUUUGUAUAGGAACCACGGGAGAAGAAGCAGUAGUUUUGAAAUUUCUAAUACUUGCAAUGAUAGAACUUAUAAAGUGACUAUUUCUAUAACAGAAGUUGAUACCAAUAGAUUUUUUGUUUCGCGGAAAAUUCCAUUUUCCAUUUUCGUGCGUCAAAGGACAAUUCACUUUCUUUUAGCAAUUAGACGUUUAGGGAAAACAUCACACAAGUUUAGGCUGAGAGUACAGCAUGCAGUGCAAUUUUCCAGGAAUACAUGAUGUGGGUAAUUUUUAAUUUUUGUCUUUGUGCGCCUUAUCAUGCAUGUGAAUGUAUGUUUUUGUUUUGGUUCAUCUAUUGGCUAAUUUGCUGCACAAGGUGCUCUUUUUAAUACGGAUUAUUGUGUUGAAAUGAAUUAAUGAACCUGUUGCUAGAACUGGAUCAAGAAAAACACUGAUAUCUUAGUAUGAGAGGAUGUGUUUCUUGCUUUCUCGAUUACGGUACUAGUCAUCUUUUGAUAUAGAAUAAGGGGGGGGUAAGUUUCUAAAGAAACUGUGCUGCUGCGUUGG